CCAACAUGUUCUUCAUUGGCAGCCUCUUUGGUGCCAUAUUUUUCGCUGGCAUCACGGCCAAGCAAAUGACAGGAGUUCAUUUGCGAAUCGCCGUCUGUCACGAACCGCCAAUUUUCUCCAUCAUACGAAGUCCAACCAACGAGAGCUCCGUCCGCUAUGUCGGUUUCCCGAAGGACUUUUUUGAUUACUUAUCAGCUCUACUGGGUUUCACGUAUUCUUUCGUGGAAGUUACUCCGACUAUGGUGAACAGUAAAGGAUCGAUCGAUGAAGCCAUCAUCGACCAAAUUCUGCAAAAGAAAGCUGACAUUGACGGACGUCUAAUCUCACCCACUGCCGACCGUAUGAAUUACAUGGAUUUCACCUCGGCCGUGUCCGUCCUUAAUUUCGCCGUGAUUCAGCCCAUGCCAACAAUCCAAAAGGGAUUCAUGUUUCCGAUUAAACCCUUUCAGUCAACGGCAAGUUUGGUACAUGAUUUGUGUGGCAUUCGUCUCGACGGUGGUGUUUUUGAGCGUGAUUACGCGAUUGAUUGGACAACAAAUCGGGACACAAAGUAA